AUGAGAGAGCAUGAGGGAAGCAUUAAUUAUAUUAUGCUUCUGCUGAUGAAGCGCUGCUGGUCAUGGCUUCUUUUGAUCUCACUACUUUGUUCACUGACGAAUGAAAAUGAGGCGAUUAGUCCUGAUGGUGAGGCGCUUCUAAGCUUUAGAAGUGGAAUUUCUAGCUCUGAUGGUGUCAUACGUCAGUGGAGGUCAGAGGAUCCUGAUCCUAACUGGAAGGGAGUGACCUGCGAUGCGAAAACAAAAAGAGUUACUGCCUUGAGUCUUGCUCAUCACAAAUUAAGCGGACCAUUACCGCCUGACCUUGGAAAGUUGGAUCAGUUGAGGCUUUUAAUGCUUCACAACAAUAAUUUAUAUGACUCAAUACCUGCAGCAUUGGGAAACUGCACGGCACUGGAGGGAGUAUACUUGCAGAAUAAUUACCUCACUGGGCCAAUCCCAAGUGAAAUGGGAAACCUGACCGGGCUUAAAAAUCUGGACAUCUCAAACAACGGUCUCAUUGGAGCUAUCCCUGUUUCACUUGGGCAGUUGGAAAGCUUACUAGUUUUUAUUCUUCUUUGAAGCAAUGUCUCAAACAAUUUUCUGGUGAAAAUACCUUCUGAUGGCUUACUCCCCAAAUUUCGAAUGACUCGUAACUUCAUCGGGAAUCUUAAAUUGUGUGGAAAGCAAAUUGAUGUGGUGUGCCAAGACGAGAGUGGAAACUUUUCUACUGGUUCUGGGUCUACACCAGAGGGUAAGACUGGUAAGCUGCUUUAAAGUGCAUCAGCUACUGUCGGUGGGCUGCUCCUAGUGGCGCUCAUGUGUUUCUGGGAUGCUUUCUCUAUAAAAAGCUUGGUACUGUUGAGAGUAAAAAGCCUUGCCAUAGCUGUCGGUGGAGGUGCGUCUAUCGUGAUGUUCCAUGGAGAUUUGCCCUACGCUUCUAAAGACAUUAUCAAGAAACUGGAAGCCCUAAACGAAGAGCAUAUAAUAGGCUGCGGAGGUUUUGGAACAGUUUACAAACUGGACAUGGAAGAUGGCAAUGUCUUUGCGCUGAAGAGGAUUGUAAAGUUAAACGAAGGGUUUGAUAGGUUUUUCGAAAGGGAGCUUGAGAUUCUUGGAAGCAUCAAACAUCGUUACCUCGUGAAUCUACGUGGAUACUGCAACUCACCCACAUCAAAGCUUCUUCUCUAUGAUUACCUUCCUGGUGGUAGCCUUGACCAAGCUCUUCACUGAAAUCUUUGGAUGUUCAGAAGAGGCGACCAACUGGAUUGGGAUUCACGAGUAAAUAUUAUAGUAGGAGCAGCAAAAGGGUUAGCAUACUUGCAUCAUGAUUGUUCUCCUAGGAUUAUACACCGUGAUAUCAAAUCAAGCAACAUAUUACUCGGGAAUCUCGAGGCUCGUGUAUCGGACUUUGGACUUGCCAAGCUGCUAGAGGACGAAGAGUCUCAUAUUACAACCAUUGUUGCAGGCACAUUCGGUUACUUGGCUCCAGAGUAUAUGCAAAGCGGUAGAGCGACUGAGAAGACCGAUGUUUACAGUUUCGGAGUUUUGGUUCUUGAAGUCUUGAGUGGUAAGAUCCCCACGGAUACCUCAUUCAUCGAGAAAGGCUACAACGUUGUUGGUUGGCUAAACUUU